AUGAUGGGACUCCAACAUUUACUGGGUUGGCGACGUACGCAGCCCAGCCGAAUGAUCAUUCCUACGAGCGAUGAGGACGGCGAGGAGGAACUCUUCCUUCCUUCUGAGCCCCACGAGAAGAGACGUUUCGAAGAGACAAGACCUGAAGCGCUGCCAUGGAUGAUUUCGACUUUCACACUGGGCGCAUGCCUCCUCGUCCUCCUUCUGCUCGCAUAUCCGGCAACCGGUGGUCAGAGCUACGAGGUUGGAUACGCGACCGAGAUGCAGGCUGCCAUACCGCAGAUCGAGCUGGAACGAGUCCGAUUCUGGGGCGGGAUCAAAGCCGAUGAGAACGGUACGUUCUACAUGCAUUUCAACCCCGCCGAUAAGGUGCGAUACGUUGGGAAGCCCACACGCGAGUUGGAUGCGGCCUGGGAUCGUUUGGCUGGACAAUUCAUUCCUCUCACGCAAGAGGAAUCAGAGAGUGUGGAGGGAGAUAUAUCGGAGCACGGUGGCAUCUACUUGGCUGCCACGGCCGUUCAGCAUAGUCUUCACUGCUUGAACUACCUACGGCAAGCUAUCUACGAUGAUUACUAUCCAUCCAUUCAUGAGAUUCGUCCGCAUAUCCCCGAAUACUGGUUGCACGUGGACCAUUGCAUCGAGACUUUGCGACAAGAGAUUCAGUGCGCAGGGGAUCUAACCCCGGUGCCUAAGGUGUGGAAUGAACAUGCGGGGCAACUGUUAGCUGAUAUUGAGGCCACGCAUACCUGUCGCAAGUUUGAGCGGAUUCUCGAAUGGACGGAGAGUCGUUAG